AUGGAAGUCUCAACAAACGGCUCAAGUUUUGGUAUCGACUCUUUGCUUUCACGUAGACCAACGAGUCCGCGUCUUUCCCGAGGACUCUCUUUAACGGGAGGCUGCCGGUCCCCGAGCCCCCGGUCAGAUCUGGACAGUGACUGUUCGUCUCCACCGUCCCCGAGGAGAGAGUCCGGUCCGGAAUCCCCGUUGGCGAUGUCCCAGUCGCGGACAGUCACCUCGUCUUUUUUAAUCAGGGACAUACUGUCGGACUGCAGGCCGCUCGCUGCGUGCGCUCCUUAUUCCAACAGCGCAGAGUCACUGAGAGAGACCGAGGACUACACCGACAAACUGCACAGCAACUCAUCAUCCGACUGUGAAUACCGGGUAAAAGACGAGCCUGAGCGGGAUAUCUCAAGGGACAGGGAAAGUCCGUCAUGCAGGAUGAAGAAACCCCGCAAAGCACGAACCGCUUUUACUGACCAUCAGCUCAGCCAGCUGGAGCGCAGCUUUGAGCGCCAGAAAUACCUCAGUGUGCAGGACCGCAUGGAGCUCGCAGCAUCCCUCGGCCUGACUGAUACACAGGUCAAAACCUGGUACCAGAACCGCAGGACUAAGUGGAAACGACAGACAGCAGUGGGACUGGAGUUGCUGGCUGAAGCUGGAAACUACUCCGCGUUACAGAGAAUGUUUCCGUCUCCUUAUUUCUACCCCCAGAGUUUGGUGUCCGGACUGGAUCCUGCAGCAGGACUGUAUUUAUACAGAGGUCCAACCGCGGGUCCACCGCCGCUCCAGAGGCCGCUGGUUCCCAGAGUGUUACUGCACAGUGUACAAGGACGCCCAGAGCCGCCUCUGUCCUCUCUGUCUGUCCCCUUACCGAGACCCACACCUCAGCGGUGA